AUGGCUACCUCUGCAACUCAUGAGAAAGUGCACCAUGCUGGAGUUCCAGUUUAUCCAAAUGAUAUUGAGCAAAAGAAAUGUAAAGAGCCAAAAGAAAGCGAUUUUGACUACUUCCAGAGAGCCAGUUUGGGAGCCAACGAUGGAUUGGUCUCUAUUGCUUCGCAUGGCAAAUUGGAAAUAGGAGAGUUUGUGGCUGUGUACACUCAACUUGACGUAGAGACGGCUCAAAUUAAGAGAGAAAACAAUAACAUUACCAACGAAAAAGAAACUGCGAAAGCGAAAGAGAAGCUGCCGAGUCCAUUUCAAGAGAGCGUGGCGUCUGCGUUUUCGUUUUUGGUGGGUGGAUUAGUCCCACUAAUGGCAGCCGCGUUCAUCACCAAUUACAUGGUGAUGGUUAUUGCGGUGGUUGCAGUGUCUAGUUUGCAAUUGGUGGUGUAG